AUGACUAUGAAAAGUGAAAAGGAGGAACCUUCUCUACAUAUGGGCACAAAUGGACAUUAUGUCUGGAGCCUCUCUGAGGGACGUCUACUUUUAUCUCCAGCUUAUAAUGGCAUCACACUAUAUUCUCCAGGAGUGAAUCUCGUUGGGCAAAAUAUACAUCGCAGACCUUCCCAUUCAGAGACAUCAAUGGAUCCUUCUAAUCCUGGGGAAUCUUCUCAUCAAUCACAGACUGUUAUUCCAGCUAUGAUUCUAAAAUCUCACAGUGCGGAAGGAUCAACGGGUCCAUCAAAUUCCAAAAAAUCAUCUUCAGGCCGUGAAGGAGUUCACACAGCAGAGAGUUCAUUUUCACAUUUUAGAUGGUUCAGCAACAAAGGAAAUGUUCGUAGUCACCCGAACGUUUACACAGAUGAACGUCCAUUUUCAUGUUCAGAGUGUGGGAAAUGUUUCCUUCGCAAAAGAGACUUUCAUAUGCACCAAAAGAUUCACACGGGUGAACGUCCCUAUUCGUGUACAGAGUGUGGGAAAUGUUUCAUUCGAAAAGAUUACCUAAGUACCCACCAGAAAUGUCACACGGGCGAGCGUCCCUAUUCGUGUUCAGAGUGCGGGAAAUGUUUCACUGAGAAAACAAUACUUCGGACACACCAGAUGAUUCACACAGGUGAGCGUCCCUAUUCAUGUUCGGAGUGCGGUAAAAGUUUCAAUCAGAAAAGAACCCUGCUUAAUCACCAGAGAAUUCACACGGGUGAGCGUCCCUUUUCAUGCUUAGAAUGCGGCAAGUGUUUCAGCGAGAAAGGACAACUUGUUAGACAUCAAAAAAUUCACACAGAUGAACGUCCAUAUUCAUGUUCAGAGUGUGGGAAAUGUUUCCUUCGCAAAGGAGACUUUCAUAUACACCAGAAAAUUCACACGGGUGAACGUCCCUAUGCGUGUACAGAGUGUGGGAAAUGUUUCAUUCGAAAAGCACACCUAAUUACCCACCAGAAAUGUCACACGGGCGAGCGUCCCUAUUCGUGUUCAGAGUGCGGGAAAUUUUUCACUGAGAAAACAGUACUUCGGACACACCAGAGGAUUCACACAGGUGAGCGUCCCUAUUCAUGUUCGGAGUGCGGUAAAAGUUUCAAUCAGAAAAGAACCCUGCUUAAUCACCAGAGAAUUCACACGGGUGAGCGUCCCUUUUCAUGCUUAGAAUGCGGCAAGUGUUUCAGCGAGAAAGGACAACUUGUUAGACAUCAAAAAAUUCACACAGGUGACAGACCCCAAUAAUGUCAAGAG